CUGACAUCUUCGAAAUCUCAAGAGCUGCCAAUAUCGUUCAUUCAGUAUUGUUGGAAAGAUUUCCACUUUGAAACAGUUGGUAAAUCCUCCCGGCAUAUCCACAUUACCGGAUAAAGGAGCGAUCUCAUUGCCUUCCUAAUUCCUUGUUUCAUUCCCUCAUGUAGCUCCUUUCCAUCCAUGACCUCCUCUCAACCUGUUCCCCUCGCACCUCACGAUGCAGCGCCAUCUGUAUCAUCAUUACCUUCGAAUGCAGCUCCUUCAUCUUCUUCAACCUCAGGGACGACGAAAACAUCGAUUGGGUCUGGUGAAAAUGGAGAAGGGAAUUUACCGGUCUUACCUUGGGCAUUCAUCGAUUGUCCUAUCGAUAUCCUCGUUAUACUCAUCUCUCACAUGCUCAACCUUCUCAUUGCCCAUAAUGAUCAGGUCCUCUUGACUCCAGACUCUUUGACGAGGUUCCAUUCCAGGGCGCCGCCAACGAUUUCCGUAGUGGAUUAUCUGAGACGGAUUGUCAAAUAUACCAAUAUGGAGCCGAUCCCACUCUUAUCUCUGCUAGCCUACAUCGAUACCACCUGUCUUAACCUACCCAGCUUCACUCUUUCUUCCCUUACUGUCCAUCGGUUCCUUAUCGCCGGUAUCUGUGUGGGUAGCAAGGCUCAAUGUGAUGUCUUCUGUACCAACUCUCAUUAUGCCAGAGUGGGAGGUAUCAAGAUGCAGGAGCUCAACGGGUUGGAGAGGGAAUUUCUUAGAGUGACAAAGUGGAAUCUUUGCUGUACUCCUGAUCUUCUUCAACGUUAUUACUCCUCUCUCAUCCGCUCACACGGUGGUUACAUUCAAGCUCCUCCUCCCGCCGUAUCACCCUUUUACGCAUUCCCUCGAUCAGCCAGCAAGCCUUCUUCGCCCGCUGGCAGUACUUCGUCAACAUCGUUAGAGCCAGAACGAGAAGAACAACAUGAGAUUGAGAUUGAUCAUGACAUGACCGAAGGAAAUAAUGGUCCAUCAUUUGGUGACAUCCCUCAAUCUUCAUCGAGCUCCAUCUCCACCUCCAACUCCCAAACUUCACCUCAUAUCGUCUCAUCGACACGAGCCAGAUCCAAAAGAUCCCGACAUUCCGACAAGGCAGCGAAGAUGGACAUAGACUCACCACGAGCGGAUCACAUUUCUCCUGCAUCUGAAGCUUCUUCUUCCUCCAUACCCUCCUCUAGGUCAUCUCUUCGUCGGGUGCGCUCCCCUCGGGGACGUACGCUAGAUACAAGCACCGCCUCAGCAUCUACCAAUACGUCUGCUUCUUCAACUUCCGCUCGUCCACACAGUCCCGCCCAGAGGAACCUUGCCUCGACUACUACGACGAUGGAGGGAAACAGUAGCUCCAAAGGAGACCAUGAGCAUGGUAGAUUACUCAAGAAGCUGGUGGGAGGGUUGUUCAGGAGAAGAAGUAUGGCGGAUCAUCUUCACAUUCCCAAUCCCUCGCAACAUCGUAGUUUCGAACACGGAUCACAUGGAGUAUCGUCCAAUUCAUCAGACUCAUUUACCACCACUCAUUCACAUGUCUCAGCUCACGCUACAAAUGUCACUGCCAGCGAAACAGGUCAGGACAGAGCGAGAAGGAAUGCACCUCCUUCACCCAUCACUGCCGUUGCUGUUGGACGAACCGCUAUGCCACCCCCACCUUCCACCGCAGGGAGGGUCACACCGAAGAUACGAACCAGAGACGAUCGUAGUGUUGAAAGUCUCCCAGAACGUCGGAUGGGGUUCGGGCCUGUGGGGCAAGAUGGAAGAGGACAUGUGUCUGUGGGACAACAUGGAGAAGAGUUUGAGUAAGUUAGUAUGCAUCUUGAUCAGUAUAUAUUGAUACGAUACAAUGCAUGUUCAUGGCAUACUUUUAUG